AUGGAAAACAGUGUUAUCCGACAAGUUAAUUUAUGCUCUAUCCAACCAUACCAAAUUUCCAUGCUCGUCAAAUGUUAUUCGAAACUCCCAAUUCGUCGUUGUCGACAGUAUUUACUACAUACAAUUUUCAUUAUUCUAUGUUUUUCUUUAUUUCUUAACAUAAAAUAUAGUCUCAUUAAUCCUUUUUCUAAAACUAUAAGUAACACUGUGGUUCAAAACGAAUAUCUACUAUUCAAUGAACCGAUAUUAAAUUGUUCUGGUGAUCCAUUAAAACAAUGGUGUGAAAAUGAAAUCAAAUUAUGUAAUUCAUCUUUAAUUAUUUAUAAUAAAUUAUUUGUAAUAACACAUUCAAUUAUUUUACAAGCUAAGUUUGCCAAUGGAAAACGAUUAGGUGGUGACAAUAUUGAAGAUGUUUUAAAUCAAGCUGAACCGGAUGAAUAUUUUCAGUUUGAAAAAGAAUUUCUCAAACUUCCAUGUGACAUUGAAGGAUUUCAUGAUAAAAUUCCUAAUAGUCAUUUAUCAAAUAUUUUUUCUUCAUUAACUUCUUAUAAAAUACCUCAAAAGACACAUAUAAUCCAUGAAACAACAAUUGCUGUUAAUCGUCAAGAUUAUGUUAACUUUUAUCAUACUAUUACAGAUGUUUAUACAGUGUAUCUUUUAUGUUGUUUCUUUCAACGAGAUCCAAAAUCAGUUCGAAUUCUUUUUCUUGAUGCCCAUCCAAAAGGAAGUUUAGAUAUAUUAUGGUCACAAUUGUUUCAUUCAUAUACACGAUUAGGACAUUUAAAAAAUUUAUCAUCAAUUUUUUAUCGUGAAUUAAUUUGGUCUCAACCACAACCAAAAUCUGAAAUAGAUCUUCAACAAAAUCGAAUAAAAGCACCAAGUUUUUUUUUUGAAUUUCGUCAACAUGUUUUAAAACAAUUUAAUAUUAAUUAUCAAAGUAAUGAAAAAAUAAAUUGUCAAUCGUUAAAUGUAUUCUUUCUUGUUCGUCAUAAUUAUGUUGCACAUCCAAGAAAUCCAUCUGGAAAAAUAACAAGACAAUUGUCAAAUGAGAAACAAACACUGAAUGAUUUGAAAACUAUGUUUUCAAAUUAUUCGAAUAUUCACUUUAGUUUUAAUCAUUUUGAAGAAUUAACUAUUGAAGAACAAUUAAAUAUUAUUAUUCAAACAGACGUAUUUAUUGGUGUGCAUGGUGCUGGUUUAACUCAUGUUCUAUUUAUGAAACCGAAUCGUGCUCUUAUUGAAUUAGUCCAACCACCAGGAAGUGGAAGAACACAUUUUUAUUUUAUGGCAUCAAUCAAUAAUGUUAAUUAUCGUCGUUGUUUAAUGAUUGAUAAAUCAUCAAUAACAGCACAAAAAAUAUUUAAUUGUAUAAAACAGAAAAUUUCUCAAAUGUGCCCUUGA